UGCUGCUUCCUCAAAUUCCUUUCUCGUCAUCUCAUUUCCCAUAUCAUCAAUUGCAAUCCUAUUCCUCUCUCUAUUCUAUUCUCGGCCAAUUCUCUCUCUCCCUCCCUCUCUCUCUCUCUCUCUCUAAAAUGGCGAACACGAACCGUCCACCGCCAUUUUUGAUCAACUCCGAGGACCCAAACUACUACCAGCCGCAGGUCACACUUCCGUCUUCGUCGUCUUCGUCUUCUUCUUCAUCAUCUUCAUCGUCGUUAGCUAAUCUGAGCCCCAGCAUUAUCAUCACCCUCCUCAUACUCUCCGUCACCAUCAUCCUCACCGCCUGCCUCUUCCUCUUCUUCCGCCACCUCCACCGUCUCCCUAUCCCGUGCCUCAUCCGUCCCCACCACCUCUCCACCUCCUCCGCUCCCCCCUCCGCCGCCCCCUCCCUCCGCCACCCUCCACCUCCUCACAGUCGCACUAACGGUGACAGCUCCUCCUCCCUCCUCGACUCCCUCCCUCUCUUCUCCUUCUCCUCUGUCGUCCGCCGCUCAUCCACCGCCGCCGACGGCGACUGCGCCGUCUGCCUCUCCAAGUUCAAGCCGCCCGAUCAGCUCCGGCUACUCCCCCUCUGCUGCCACGCAUUCCACGCCGACUGCGUCGAUACAUGGCUUCGCUCCAAUCAGACGUGCCCUCUCUGCCGCUCCAACAUCCACGCCUCCGAUUCCGACAUCGCCGCUCUGCUUCAGCCCAAUGCGGCCGGAAGCGGCAGCUUCCGCCUCGAGAUUGGCUCGGUCAGCCGCCGCCACUCCACUUCCGACACUGGAGACGCGCGGAUUUCCUACUCCAUCGGCUCGUUCGACUACAUUGUCGACGACGAUUCUGAGGUCGCCAACGCCGUGGUCGGAAACCACCGGAGGAGCGUCUCGGAUAAGGAGGAGCCUGCGCCUCAGAUGGCCGUGGACCCGAGCCUCGCCUCUGAAGUCGCCGCGGGGAGGAGCUGGCUUGGGGACUACAUGGAUCGCCUAUCUGCAACGCUCUCCUCGCGAACUCUGUCGCUCCGAAGCUCCAGGAGGUUUUUCACCGGAAGCAGCCGCCGGAGCGAGGUGGCCGGCGUCGGAGAGUGGGACUUGGAGGCGAGCCGUGUCGGAGAAGAAAUCAGCGAGCUCUUUCGGUGGGCCUCAGGGGUAUAAUCGGUAAAUAAUCCAAUUUUUUUAACGCUUUUCCACUCUGUGUCUUGCUAAUUCCACUCUGCGGAAGGAUGUUGGAGUGGACAUAGCAAUUUUUGGAGUGACGGAUCACGUGAGUUUCGUGAAGUUGAGGAAUCACUCUCUUUUCUUUUCUUUCUCCCGGUCAUUUGCUCUUUUUGGCUAAAUGGUUCUUAGCGAGAUUCUCUCUCUAUUGAGGACGCGACGCCGACGGGCGAGAUUCUGUUCUGUAAAGAUAUGAACGGUCACGAUUCAAAGUAGAUAUAUUAUAGAACAAAAGUGGGGACUUACGUAUUUUUCACAUAUAUAUAAUGACGAUAUAGUAAAUAAUUUUACGAUAUGUCAUUUUGUUUCGUCUUUGGGUAGAAUACCCUACGGAUAUUUUUGCUAUUGGGAGUGAAAACUGUUGUUGUUAUUGAUAUUAGCAUUGGUUUGGUAUUCUUGAUGCUUAAGGAUAUGA